CCCAACAGCUGCAGCGAGGACUCGCUCGGCCCAGGUCUCCGGUUCGAUUCCCCGUCCAAACAAUCAGCGAUGCGGGAGCCGCUCCGCCGGGCAGCCGCCGCAGCUCGGUCCGCCCAGCCCGCCCAGCCCGCUCCCUCCGCCCGGCCCGGCCGGCGCUGCUCGCACAACUAGCGGCGUUAAAAAAACUGUUGGCUUUGGACACUUUGUACAACACGAGAGGAAGAUGCCAACCCACUCACUGCUGCCAUAUGUGGAGAAUCCAGACGGACUGGCCCCAGAUAUUCUCUGUAACAACGCGAGUGUCCUCGGGCUCGGCUCCAGCAUGACGCCACAGACCCCCGUCGCAGAAAAGACUGCUCUGGACUCUGACGGGAGCGGGUCCGUGUCCUGCAUGUUCUGCGAGCAGACCUUCACGGACCAGGAUGCACUGGGGCCUCACGUGUUCACGCAGCACCCCACCACGUUCUCCGAGCCGACGGUGCUCCGGGUGGACGCGGAGUUCCGUAUCCCGGGAGAGAGAGCCCAGCCGAGCCCUCCCAGCCCGGCCCAGGACGAGGUCAACAGCUGCGUCGUCUGUGGUCAAGUAGCACACGACGCCAGCGAGCUGGAGACCCAUAUAAGGAAACACAAAGAUUACUUUACCUACUGUUGCAACGUCUGCGGACGGCGAUUCAGAGAGCCGUGGUUCCUCAAAAACCAUAUGAAAAUGCACAUAAAACCAGGAGCGAAGAGCAAGGCCCCGCAAGACCUGGAAUCCCCGGUGACGGUGAAUGACGUCGUACAAGAACGCGCGUCAGAAUCGGUUGUAACUCUUUACCAAAUCUGCAUGUUUUGUGGGUUUUUCUUCCCCGACCACGAGACUUUGGCAGCUCAUAGUAAAAUGCACAAUCGAGAGGCAGAGCCGAGCAAAGAUGAAGCCACGGAUGAGACGGACGGCGCUACUGAAUCCUUUGCAAAACAGGAAGUGUUUAUCCGCUAUCUAAACCUUCAGCCGGCUCCUGCAAGCAAGACAAAUGUGAGAUUUUCAAAAUGGGUUCCCCAGAUGGAUCCGUUCAAUACCUAUCAGGCCUGGCAGCUCGCUACGAAGGGGAAGAUUGCAGUCGGCCAUAAUAAUAUUAAAGAUAUCGGCCAAGAAGUCAGCACAGACAACGAGGACUGCGGCUCGGAUAAGGAAGAGUUGAAUCAGAUUUGGUCUGAGGGCCAAGGGGACAAAACGGUAGGAAAAGAGCUCCGGUCUCAACAGCAGGCCGUCGCAGAAACGGGCGCACCGAGGAGGUCUCUGAUGCGGAAAAAAGAUAAAGAAAGGCCGACCACUUGCCAGGAGUGUCAGAGAACGUUCAGGACCUACCACCAGUUAGUCCUGCACUCCAGGGUCCACAAGCGGGAACGAGGCGGUGCAGAAAGUCCAACGUCUGUGGAAGGGAAGCUGCCGAGAAUGGGCUCGUUAGACCAAUCAGAAGAAGGCUCUGAGGAAGGCAUUGAAGAGAUCCUGAUAUCAGGCGAAGAUGGCUUUGAUCGAUCAAAAGUCCGAUCAAAGGAAUGCAGUUACUGCGGUAAAUCCUUCAGAUCCAGCUAUUACCUCACCAUUCACAUGAGGACUCACACGGGUGAGAAACCGUACAAGUGUGCUUAUUGCGAUUAUGCUGCAGCCCAGAAGACUUCACUUAAAUAUCACCUGGUCCGCCGCCACAAAGACAAACCUGGGGUGGAGAUCUCCGGCAGACCCGUGCCUUCAGCCCCGGCAGUGCCUUCACCACCUGCAGAGCCUUCGGAGCCUUUAGAGCCUUCAGAGCCUUCAGAGCCUUCACCUGAUCAGAGUCAGCACGGAAAUGGCGAUAAAAAUCUGGUACCAAACGUAUCCAAACUCUGGUUUCCUGAAGUCACAUUGUGCAACAAUGAAGAAUCAGAAGACGGACAUGAAAUCCUGGAUGUCAAGCCAAAUUAUACCAAAUUAAUAUCCAAGUCUGCUCACUCUCCCCCCGACGACGCAGCCGUAAACUGCCCAGGACCUGUUAAUCUGAAGAAGGACAAGAACGAGAUCAAGGCUGAAAAGGCCGAGCUCCCGUUGAAUUUGUCUUUAAAAAUGUCCGUCUCAAUCCCGGCCGCGCUGGAACCCAAACUAGCGUUAAGUCCGAUAUCCUGCUCGCUUUGUGCGUAUAAAACCAUGUACCCCGAGGUUCUUAUAAUGCACAAAAAGCUGACGCAUAAGGACAAGUCGGACAAGAAGAACGGAUUUGGAGGCAACGUGAAACCAAAGCGUUACACGGGCUGCCCCCCCGCCCUGGACGGGAAGGACGUGGCCCCGCUCGUGCUGACGGACCGGCGUCACCCUCGCAGAACCAAGUCUCCCCCCCGGCAGCAAACAUUCCCUCAGCAGAACACGCCCGUCCUCCCACCGCACGCUUCCAAACGCUCUCCCGUCCACGUGGUCCAGGACGCCCCGCGCUGCAAGCAGAACCCUGACUCGUGUUCGGGCCAGGAAUCCUCCAGGAAAAACCCUGCAGCCGGCAAAUACGCCCUGGACAGAAAAGCCCUGGGGGAGAUGAGCUACCCGGCCCGGAGCAGCGCCCUGUGGCACUCCAACGCCGCCAUGCUGUGCCUGUCCAGCCGGUUCGGGAGCCUCCCGCCGAUGGAUUUUGGAGAACCUUCCGGUAAGAGGUUGAAGUUCUCCGCGGCUCCGGGCCGGGAAGUCGACGCGGCCGAGAAGGCCAUUUUCCGAGGACCGCCGGCGGACGGACCCGGCAGGUUACUGGUGACAUCGGGGAGAAGUUUAAAAACCCCGUCGCAGGGCUCCAGUCCGGCCUCGCCGUCCGAGGCUCUGGGGCAGAUAAAGACGGCGUCCACGCCUCUCGGGGGAAGUCUGGACUCGGACUGGAGCAUGAUGAACCUGCUGCGCUCGUGCACGCCCAGCGACCUGGCGUCGCUCUAUCACAGCUCCCCGACCAACCCCGGUCACGGAGUACUGGCCAACCCCAGGACCGGGGGCAGAACUGUGCUGUACCAACACUUACCCACGCUGCCCAGCCUGCAGAGGAGAGAUCCCUCCGGCUCCUUCCAGAGCCAACGCUACGGGACCACUGACAAAACUUCCUAAAGUAACAAACACCCAGAUUUAAAUUCUGCUGCUACCUUUUUUUUGGAGAACUUCAUGGAAAAUUAUUUUAGUUUAUAGGUUAAACAGGAGAAAUUAUUUGUGCUCAGCAUUUGCCAGUGAUUCCCUAAUUUAAUAUUUAUUCAAUUGAAGACUUGUGUUGCUUAUACAUUUAAUGGCCGAUAAUUUCAAUGUAUGUUUGUUUUUGUUUUACAAAUGGGAAAAGUUCACAUAAUCCCUCCGAAAAGAUUUUUCCAUCGGUGACCACUGGAAUAUUUAUUUUCUUCAGAACUGCUCACAAAUCAAUAUUUGACCCAUGCUAAUGUUACAAGAUCACAAUUUCAGUACAUAAAAUAGAGUGUAGCUGAAACCUUUAAAAAGUUGCUGCCAUGUUAACUCACUUUUGUGAAUAGUUUCUAUUUCUUUUCCAAAGCACUGGAGAGUGAGAGUUUUCUGUCAAAUAACUUGAUGGCUUUGGACUAUUAGUUUACAAACGGGCCACAGUAACUCUUCCUUCAGUGUGCUGAAACGCUCUACCUCACGCUGCGCUCCAGACACUUAAUUAUUAGGGUUUUUUUUGUUUUAGCUGUUGAAGCCAUCAUGUUAACUGAGCCUGCACACCCAGUUUGAAGUUUUGAAGUCGUAGUAUUUGGAGAGAGACAUUUUUAGGUUAUCACAUUUGUCAAACACUGCAAAAAUCCAGAUGCUCAUCUGAUACAUAACUACUUCUGGUCUUCUGCAUUGAUUUAUUUGAUAUGCAAGCAAACCAGUUUUAGACAGAACAAAGGGGUUCUGUGUCUGAAACAAUUAAUUUUGAUUUGGCGAAUGAUCAAUUACUUUAUCGGUGCCUUUACUCCAUCAGUUGUAAUACGUACCGACUCUCACACACUUUCAUUUAUGUGUGUGUGAAAUGGUAUUUGCUUUAUUUGAUUGCUGCACAUUCAGUCACUGUUCGGAUAUUUUGUUUUUACUUUGCAAAGUGUUGAAAGUUGGAGCCGUCGCGUGUGACGCUUCCUCUGGUGAUGUCACUCCAAACAUGUCAUACAUGUCUGAAAAGAGAAAAGUCAGCUGUGUUGGAUAAUGAUUCCAUUUAUCCUACACCGAAGAAAAAACUCUCAGGUUAACUCAUUUAAAACCUCUCUCGUCUGGUGUGUACCUAAGUGUUUCUGCCACUGUGAAGGCCUGAGUUUCUGUUUUUGGUAUUUACAUUGUAUGUAAACUUGUGUUUAUUAAAAAAAAAAAAAAAUUGCAAUUUCUAUGAGUACUUCCAUAAUAAAGUGAGA